AGGAAAAAUAAAAAUAGUAAAAUGUGCCAUUUAGGCAUAUAGUAUUAGUGCUAGCGUGACAUGGUGUUUUAAUUUAAGUCAUUCCCUUAACAUAAGGAAUGCAAUCAUGUUUUUUUCCGUGUCAUUUUAAAGUCUAUCUUCUUUCCUUUCCUUAGUCUUCAAAAUAGAAAGAAAUAAUUUAUAUAUCAAUGUUUGGAUCUCUUUUCAGACCUUUGAGAUAAGGUUUAACAUUAACUUCAAAGAUGUUGGAAGGUAAAGCUAUGAUAGAAGAUACUGACAUGCCAACUAAGAUGCAGAUUCAAGCUAUGGCUUAUGCUUCUGAAGCUCUUGAUCUAUAUGAUGUUAUUGAUUGCAAAUCCAUUGCUGCUCACAUCAAAAAGGAGUUUGAUGCAAGAUAUGGUGGUGGAUGGCAAUGUGUGGUAGGUUCAAGUUUUGGCUGUUUUUUCACUCAUUCUAAGGGAACAUUCAUAUACUUCACUCUUGAGACUCUCAAUUUCCUUAUUUUCAAAGGAGUUUGAGCUACUUUUUCUUCAUAUCUUCCCUCCAUGAGUAUCCUCAUGUCAUGUCUGGUGGCGAAUGAAAUUCCACCAAGGGGAGUAACAGAGAAAAAUGCAGAUCAUUUUCCUUUAUCCUUUUUUUUUCUUAGUUGUUUUCCCCUUUCAGAUGGAGAUUAUAUUAGUAACAACUCUCCCUAGUCAUUAAGUGAAUAAUUAGACCUUUACCUUUGUAAUGUUUUGAAGGGUGUUUUGCAUUUUCAGUGUUCAUUUUGAUUUUGUAUAUAUGAUGAUGGAUAUUUAGUUUAUUUAGUUCAGUAUUUUCAAUGA